CGAAGGCCACCAAAAAGAAAAACUCAAAGAAGAAAGUUUUUUGUUGUGGUAACAAAAAAAAAAUUUGUGAUAGGUUUUCUUUUAUUUUAAACUAAAUUAUUACAAAGAAUACAAUUUCAUUCAACAUCAAACUAACCGAAUAAACUAAAUGCAAACAAAUAACAAUUAUAAACAAGCACAAAAUAUUAUUUAUAUUUUAUUCCAUUGAGAUAAGAAAGUAAUAAUAUCCAACAGGAGACAGCUGCUGUCAAAAAAUUGCAUUUGCUAGAAAAAUACGCUAUGGAUUUCGAGAGCUUUACCAGUCAAAAAGAGCCUCAUGCUCGCACCAUUAUUCACUUCGACAUGGAUUGUUUCUAUGCUCAAGUAGAGGAGUUGCGUGAUGUUUCGCUGCGUACUAAACCCUUAGGAAUACAACAGAAACAAAUUGUAGUAACCUGCAACUACGUAGCCCGUCAAUAUGGCGUCACCAAGUUAAUGCUUAUUUCUGAAGCAAAAAAACUUUGUCCCAACAUUGUAUUGGUCAAUGGAGAAGAUCUCACAAAUUAUCGCCAGAUGUCAAACAAAAUCUUUGAAAUAGUUCAUAAGUAUACGCCAUUAGUAGAAAAAAUGGGAUUCGACGAAGACUUUGCUGAUGUCACUGAAUUAGUUGCGACCCGUUGGAAGGAUAAUAUCGAUGUAGAAGUCGAAGGUUACAUUCAUCCUGUAGACCAUGAACUUACAGAACAUUGUGAUUGUGGCUGUGACAAGCGUCUGGCUAUUGGAUCGCAAAUCGCCAAAGAAAUACGUCAGGAAUUAUUUGUCACCCUGGGUAUUACGUGUUGCGCUGGUAUAUCAUAUAAUAAGCUUUUAGCUAAAUUAGUUGGCAGCAUAAAUAAACCCAAUAAGCAGACAGUCCUUAUCUCUAAUUAUGCAGAAGAGUUUAUGCGUGAAAUAAAUAAUCUGCACUCAAUAACUGGAAUUGGCCAAAAGACCGAGGCAUUACUGCUCGAAAAUGGAAUAGCAAAUGUUACCGAACUACAGAAUUCCGACAUAGACAUGCUAAAGAAAAAACUCGGCUUUGAAACGGCCACAAAGUUGAAAGAACUUUCAUUCGGACGGGACAUUGGGCCUGUGCGACCAACUGGCAAGCCUAAAACUAUUGGAUUAGAAGAUGCUUGUCGACCCAUUUCUGUAAAGAAAGAUGUCGAAGAAAAAUUUCGUAUGUUGCUAAUGCGACUAAUUGAGCAGGUCUCCGAAGAUGGUCGCAUUCCAAUUGCAAUUAAAGUCGUUUUGCGCAAAUUUGAUUCGGCCAAAAAAACAAGCCACCGCGAAACCAAGCAAGCCAAUAUAUUACCAUCUCUUUUCAAAUCAAAUUCAAAUGGGCAAAUUACCCUGGCAGAAGGAGCUCUUGGAAAGCUUUUAAAGAUUAUAAUGCGGCUGUUUGAAAGAGUCGUUGACUUGGAGAAGCCAUUCAACAUCACUCUUAUCGGUUUGGCCUUUUCGAAAUUCCAACAGAGAAAAACUGGAUCAUCUUCGAUUGCCAACUAUUUGAUAAAGAAAACAGACUUGGAGGUACAAUCGGUGACAUCGAUAACAAGCGAUGAAGGUUUUCUAUCAUCACCUCAAACUUUCCGGCCAAGUGAUCAAUUCUAUAGGCGACGUACAACUGCAUCACCUAUUCCAAUGAAUGUUGAUUUAGAAGCACCAUCCUCUGACAUAUCAGACUUUUCGGAAAAUGAAGUCGAACCCUCACCGAAGAAAAGUCGAUUCAGUUUGCUUAUAGCAAAGCGGAGAUGUCUUUCUAGCAACGAUGUCAAUGAUAUUGCAUCACCAAGUAAACUUCGUGUAUGCGAUCUACGAUUGAAUUCACGUGACAGUGAGAAGGAUAUUUCAAUGAGUCCAAUUUCGUCGCCAUCAACUUCGUUUCCGGUACCUCCUCCAUCCAAAUGUUCAUCUCCACAGAAUAUAAACUAUUCGCCAACAUCGUCUGUUAAUGGCGGUGAUGAAAGUCGUGAUAUAGGUGAUAUGGUUUGCGAUCCAAUCGCUGCUCCCAAAUCACAGGAACCAAACACAUCAAUUCCUCAACAACCAUCACAAACAAACGAAGACUCAUUGACUACAACUGCCGUUUCAACGCAAACAACCAUUAGUGGUAAUUUGGCGAACAUUCCAUGUCCAUCCGGUGUCGAUCAAAGCGUAUUCAAUGAGCUACCACUUGACGUACAAAAUGAGCUCAUAAAUACGUGGAGGAGUUCAAUGGCAGCAAAAGCUAAUAAUUUGAAUACAAAUACAACGGCUGCUACAAGUAAUAUAAGUACAAACACAUCAAUGGCUGGUGGCCAAAAAAACACGCUCUAUAGGUAUUUCCUGAGGAACAAAUAAAUAUUGAUAAGAGAGAAGCUUAAAGCAAAUAUUUUUGGCGUUAGUGUGUAAUUUAUUUAAAAAAUGAAUUACAAUCGUAUGAAAUAUUAUAUAUAUUUUUUUAUUUUGUUAUAAAUAAAAUAAAUUUAAGAAGAAAUUUUUGUACCAAUAAAAUAGUUUAA